UUCACUUUCUGUUCUAGACAAUAUGGAGGAAUAAUGCAGGCACCAUAAAAUACUGCAGGCCUGACAGUACGACAAAAUAAAGUCUCUUUUUUGUAAUUUAAUUGAUUUCCAUUCACUAAGAGCUUCGUUUGAGGCGUGCAGAGCUAUCGAGUGUCGAGUCUCUUCUGGCGUCAAGCGCAGGCAGGUUUGCACAGGACAGGUAGUUAGCUUUGCCUUCCAACUAUACAAAAUGUCGGAGGAAUCGUUCACAGAUCCAGGAUGGCUAUCUGAAGAAGUCAAAACCGGGACUACCAUAAUCGCAGUGACUUUUGACGGUGGAGUUGUUCUUGGCUCAGAUUCGCGUGUGUCAGCGGGGGAGUCUGUGGUGAAUCGUGUGAUGAACAAGCUCUCUCCGCUCCAUGACAAGAUCUACUGUGCUCUGUCUGGAUCAGCAGCAGAUGCUCAAACCAUUGCUGAAAUUGUCAAUUACCAAUUGGAUGUACACAGCAUUGAGGUGGAGGAUGACCCACUUGUAUGCUCUGCUGCUACUCUGGUGAAGAAUAUUUCUUAUAAAUACAAAGAGGAACUAUCAGCACAUCUUAUUGUGGCAGGGUGGGACAGAAAAAAAGGAGGACAGGUCUAUGCUACACUAAAUGGUUUGCUGUCCAGGCAGCCUUUUGCUAUUGGUGGCUCUGGGAGUUUUUACAUUCAUGGGUUUGUGGAUGCGGAGUAUCGAAAAAACAUGACAAAGAGGGAAUGCCAAGAGUUUGUAGUGAAUGCUCUCACUCUGGCGAUGGGUCGGGAUGGCUCAAGUGGAGGCGUUGCAUAUGUUGUUACCAUUGAUCAAGAUGGAGCAGAAGAGAAGUGCGUUUUAGGAAAUGAACUACCUAAAUUCUUUGAUCAGUGAAUUAAAGACUUUGCUUUGAAAUUACAGACAUUAACAUGUAUUCUUGUAACCUGCAUACACAGAGCUGCAUAAAAUUGUUUGUAUCACUUGUUUGUGUUGUUAUACAAAUACAAGAACAGCACCCUUGUGAACUUCUGUUAUUCACUUUAUCACACAAAGUUUGGUAAUAAACCAUAUUAUAAAUUACUAUGCUUUCACAUUAA